GAUCAUCCAAUGCUAUCAAUAUAAAGCGAGCUACUAAUGUGACUUUAUCCGAUGAAUUUAGUAAUGAUAAUGCGUAUUUCUGUGAAAUUACUCUCAUGUGCGAAAAUAAAGCUAAAUAUAAUCCAGUAAAUGAUACAUCUUUUCGAACAAAAAAUCAAACUUUUGGAUAUGUUUAUUUCGGUGGAUUUGUAUUUGGAAUAAGGGGUACCACCACCUCUAUGAAUAUUAAUGGAUAUAAUUCUGGUUUGAAUAAUGAUACUGGCAUUAUUGAGAAUAAUGGCUUGGAUUUUGGAUUAGUUGAUGUACUUCCCAAAAAUUUUGAAUUCGAUGAAUUUGAUGGUAUACUCGGUUUGGCUUCGUUUAAUGAAUUGGUAAAACAAUCUGAAAAUUUUUAUGAAAAUAUUCAGGAAGAUUUUA